ACACACUAUAUUUUAUUUUGAAAGAAGAAAACGGAAAUUAACUUGCUGCUCAACAAAGGUGCUUGACAGCUAACCAUAAUAGCUAUCUAGCGGGAGCAAUAUAAUUGGCUAAACACAAAGGAUUUCACACCGCAAUAAAAGAAGUAUACAAACUAAUAAUGCAGAAUCACUGCGCUGUGCCAAACUGUACAAGUGGCAAAUCCGACCUUCUCUUCAGGUUUCCGUUUGAUCCAGAAAGGUCCAAGAAGUGGGUUGAAAAAUGCCAGAGGCAAGAUCUCAUGGACAAAUCACCAGGCCAGUUGUACAGAUACUACAGACUUUGUGGGAAACAUUUUGUAAAAUCUUCAGUUGAUAGUGACUCGAGUACAGUGCUAAAGGAUGAUGCCAUACCAACUGUCUUUGAUGUACCAAGCCAACCUCAAAAUGGACAGGUGAAGCGCAGUAAACAGACGGUCAAACCAGAAGGAACAGACAAAGACGAGAUAAAAAAAAUCAAAUUGUCUCCGGCAGAGACAGCUGAGAAAGACGUCCCAACUGUCCCGGAGGAAGAAGAAUACAAAGAGUAUCUUAAGUCAUUAUUUGAAGUUCUUGUACUGUUGGGAGGAAAGAGCAUUCCUCCAACAGGGCCUGGUGAUACUGAGCAGGAUGGCCUUGGGUCAAGCAACUUUCAGACAUUGUUAGAAUAUCGCAUGAAUUGUGGAGAUGAAGUCCUUAAGAAGAGGUACGAUGUGAAUAAGGAGUGCUGCUCCUCUGCUCAGCUAAAUCAAUUGAUUGAUGUGUGCGAGAAAUCCAUCCGGAGUAAGCUGAUGGAGGAAGUUCAACAAAAUGGCUAUUUUUCCUUACUUACCGAUGACUUGGUGAGGAUCUCGGGAGAAUGGUACCUCCCCGUCUUUCUCCGUUACGUAGACCAGUCUAACUGCCAGCGGGAGAGGUUCCUUGGAUGCUUGUCCUUUGAAGGAGAUGGAGAUGACUUAGCAGAGAAGCUUCUGUCUGAAAUGACCGACAAAUGGGGCUUGGAUAUGGAACAGUGUAGAGGUCAAGCCCACUCCUGCUCUGGGACACAUUUUAGUCGAAUGAAAAGAUUUGCUGCCAAACUGAUGGAGAGGUACCCAACGGCAGUGCUUACACUAAGAUCCACUCGUCCACUGAACCUGUUGCUGGCAAAUGGUAUGGCCGUGUCAGGGGUCCAGCUUGUUCUGUCUACCUUGAGGAAGAUCGAGGCAUUCUUCAGCCAAUCCACUCAACUGCAGUUGGAGUUGGAGCACGCCAUUUCGAUUUUCUACCCGGAUAAAGAAGAGAAGGCCAAGGAACUGAAGGAGCUCUGUAGAACAUGCUGGACCAGAGGAAAUGAUGCAUUCGAGGUGGCAGGGGAACUCCUGGAGGCCUUGCUGCUCUGUGUGGACAGCGUUCAUGACAACGAGGACAUGAGGUGGGACGAUCAAGUCACACACAACGCCUUGGAGAUUUCAAAAGCACUGGCUGAUUUUGAAUUUGUCAUGGCACUGGUCGUGCUGAAAAACGUUCUGACGCUCACACAAGCGUUUGGGAGGAACAUGCGCGGGAGAGCAACAGAUGUCCACUUUGCUGCAGCCAGUUUAAAAGCUGUAUCGCACUCCCUGAAAGAGGUGUCUGACAACAUCGAUGUGUAUCACGAGUUCUGGAACGACGAGGCCGUUAACCUAGCUGCUGCGAUGGAGAUCCCAGUCAAGGUUCCUCGCUCAUUCUUGAGAAAGCACCAGUCGGAAUCUGGAGACAUUCGGCCGGAGAUUUACUACAAGGAGCACCUGUCGGUUCCUGUGGUGGAGCACAUCACCAGAGAAAUGAAUGAACUGUUCUGCGAGGACCACAUAAAGGUUCUGAGAUGCCUGUCACUGGUCCCUGCUGUCAUAGAGCAGUACAAGUCCACUGAGCCAGACGAAGAGAAUGUGCAAGUGUUUAAAAACGACAUCCCUAACGCAGGAACCCUCUCCGCUGAGCUGCACUGUUGGUGGGUUAAAUGGAGCAAAAAGGGCAAAGGCGAGACUUUGCCGUCCACUCUUCAUGACACACUGCAGCUGGCCGAUGUGAAGUUCUUCCCGAACAUGCUUGCCGUUCUGAGACUGAUCGGCAUCCUGCCCACCUUGGCGCUGGAGGACAGCUGUGAUGUGGCAUACAAGCGCUUCCAGAUGUACAAGGAGCACACACCUGAAAAAUUCAAAUCAAAAAGUCUCGCUCUUUUGUACAUUAAUAAUGAUAUUGGGUACGAUCUGGAUUUGAUGGUUGAGUUCUACAUGAAGACAUACCCUGACAGUGAGAGGUUGUGAUUCUGGUAGUUAAGCCUCUGGAAGGAUUAUCCACCGCUUUUUUUAAUGAGUCAGACGCCUUUUUAUAUUUUUUCUACUAUCGAGCGUGCAUACUGAAGUAGCAUCUUUAUGAUGUUUUUGUCAUGUUUGUCCUUUAUGCUGUUUUCAUGUUAUGUUUUGGGAAGCCAGUAUUAGUCUCACUGCUACCACCCAGCAAACUUCCCAGGGUGAAUAGGAAUCCUGAUUCCAGCUUUUCAAGUCUAUUUCUCGACUCUGUUGUUGAAAUAUGUUGCAAAUUGUUCAUGUGUAAUAGUGUGUUAUUUACUCCUGUAAGCCUUAGUAAAGUAUUGCUGGCGUGUCACUCAGUGAUCUGUUGACAUGUAACAGUUGGAUAACAGGGAUCAGCUAAUAAUCCCUCCCUAAACACGUUAAUAAAGAGGUUGUCUCUUGGGUUAAAUA